AUGAACUCCUCUCAGGUUUCUUAUUUCACCCUUGCUGCUUACUUUGACCCGGGUGUGUUUGGGUCCUUGUUCUUCGUGGUCAUCCUGUCUUUAUAUGUCUUUAUUCUCCUCUCUAACUCGUUCCUCCUGGUGGUGAUCGGUCUGAACCGGAGCCUCCAUGAACCCAUGUACCUCUUCCUGUGCAGCCUGUUUGUGAACGAGCUGUACGGCAGCACGGCUCUGUUCCCUCUGCUCCUGGUCCAGGUCCUCUCUGAGGUCCACAGUAUCCCCGCUCCGCUCUGCUUCCUGCAGGUUUUCUGCGUGCACUCGUACGGCGCCGUAGAGUAUUUGAACCUGGCCGUCAUGUCGUAUGACCGGUACCUGUCUAUCUGUCACCCUCUGCAGUAUAACACCCGGAUGACCUCGAGGCGGGUCGGCGUGCUGGUGGCGUUGACGUGGGUUUACCCGUGUGUGGCGAUGGUCGUGUUGUUGUCUCUGAGCUCUCCUCUGAAGCUGUGUGGGAACACCAUCCACAAAGUGUACUGUGACACACACUCGGUGGUGAAGCUGGCGUGUUCCGACACGGCUGGGAUCAACCUCUACGGCCUCCUCGCCACCUUCAGCACCAUCUUUGGAUCUUUAGUCCUGAUCCUCUACACGUACUCCAGGAUCCUGUUAGUCUGCUUCUCUGGAUCCAAGCAGACCCGGCAGAAAGCCUUCAGUACCUGCACCCCUCACCUGGCCUCCCUGUUGAACUUCACCUUCGGGGCGUGCUUCGAGAUCUUACAGAGUCGCUUCGAUAUGACCAGAGUCCCAAACAUCCUGAGGAUCAUCUUAUCCUUGUACUUCCUGACGUGUCAGCCGCUCUUUAACCCCGUCAUGUACGGACUCAAGCUCACCAAGAUACGGGUGCUCUGUAAAACUCUGAUCUCAGAGGCCUCCCAGACUGUGAGGUCCUCCAGCAUCUGGUCUUACUUCUGUCCCAGGUCCAGAACCGGAGCUUCAUCUGUGCAGGGAUGA